UAGGCUACUGCCCAGCUCUGCCGCAGAAGAGGGGCUGCCUGCUGCCAGGAGCCUCCCACAUGCCCCCCAGUCAGUGCACUUGCUAGUUCUUACACUCUUGUUCACAGGAGACCUGGAACAGCAGGUUCAUUUUAGAAAGUGAAUCUUGAAAAGGGGCUCAGCUGUCUGAGUCCUUCCAGGACCCUCCACCUGGCACCAGGUACUGGACCAAGGACUGGCUAGUAGGUGGUGACAGCUCAGGGUGGCUUCCAGGGAACAAUGGCUGUCCAGGUGCACAGGGCACUCUUCCUUCUGAGUCUGAUCUGUCUGACUCAAGGUGCCCAUGGUGUCAGUCCCCGGGAAGACUUCCGCUUCUGCGGCCAGAGGAACCAGACACAGCUGAGCAAGCUUCAUUACGACCAGUCUCCAAAGCUGCACAUCGUUGUGUGGAACACGGAGGAGACCCUCACGAUCCGUGCCCCUUUCCCUGCUGCCCAUGAGGUCUCUUGGGAGCUCCCAGAGCGCAGAGGUCUCUAUCACUUCUGCCUCUACUGGAGCCGCCACACCGGGAAGCUCCACCUGCGCUAUGGCAAGCAGGACUACGUGCUGAGCAGCCGGGCCUCCAGCCUCCUCUGCUUCCGGAACCAGGAGCAGAGCCGGGAGCAGGGAGCCCCACUCUUCGCCACAUCUGUCAGCUCCUGGUGGAGCCCGCAGAACACCAGCCUGCCUGGGGCUCCCAGUUUCACCUUCUCCUUCCACAAUGCCCCCCAGAAAGUCUCCCACAAUGCAUCCGUGGACAUGUGUGAGCUCAAGAAGGAGUUGCAACUGCUCAGCAGAUUCCUGCAGCAUCCUCACAAGGCCUCCAGGAGGCCCUCGGCCACGCUCAUCAGCCAGCAGCUGCAGAGUCUUGAGUCGAAGCUGGCCUCUGUGAACUUCUUGGGGGACACGGUGUCCUUUGAGGAGGACCGGGUCAACGCCACAGUGUGGAAGCUGCCACCCACAGCUGGGCUCGAAGAUCUGCACAUCCACUCCCAGCAGCAGGAGGAAGAACAGAGUGAGGUCCAGGCGUACUCGGUGCUGCUGCCCCGUGCCCUCUUCCAGCAAGCCAGAGGCCGUCGCCGGGAGGCUGCCAAGAGGCUCCUAGUGGUAGACUUCAGCAGCCAAGCCCUGUUUCAGGACAAAAAUUCCAGCCAAGUCUUGGGUGAGAAGGUCUUGGGCAUUGCUGUGCAGAAUACCAAAGUAACCAACCUCUCGGAGCCAGUAGUGCUCACCUUCCAGCACCAGCCGCAGCCGAAGAAUGUGACUCUACAGUGUGUAUUCUGGGUUGAAGACCCGACACCAAACAGCCCUGGGAGCUGGAGUAGUGCAGGCUGUGACACUGUCCACAGAGAAAUGGAGACAUCCUGCCUCUGCAGCCACCUGACCUACUUUGCAGUGCUGAUGGUGUCCUCUACGGAGGUGGAAGCCAUUCACAAGCACUACCUCACGCUCCUGUCCUACGUGGGCUGUGUCAUCUCCGCCCUGGCCUGUGUCUUCACGAUCGCUGCCUAUCUCUGUUCCAGGAGGAAGUCCCGAGACUACACCAUCAAGGUUCACAUGAACCUGCUGUUGGCAGUCUUCCUGCUGGAUGUGAGCUUCCUGCUCAGUGAGCCUGUGGCCCUUGCGGGCUCUGAAGCUGCCUGUCGCGCCAGCGCCAUCUUCCUGCACUUCUCCCUCCUUGCCUGCCUCUCCUGGAUGGGCCUCGAGGGCUACAACCUCUACCGACUGGUGGUUGAGGUCUUUGGCACCUAUGUCCCUGGCUACCUGCUCAAGCUGAGCAUUGUAGGCUGGGGUUUCCCUGUCUUCCUGGUCACACUGGUGGCACUGGUCGAUGUGAACAACUAUGGCCCCAUCAUCCUGGCUGUGCAGCGGACUCCAGAGCGCAUCAUCUACCCCUCCAUGUGCUGGAUCCGGGACUCCCUGGUUAGCUAUGUCACCAACCUGGGCCUCUUUAGCCUAGUGUUCCUGUUCAACAUAGCCAUGCUGGGCACCAUGGUGGUCCAGAUCCUGCGGCUCCGCCCACACAGCCAGAAGUGGCCUCAUGUGCUGACCUUGCUGGGCCUCAGCCUAGUUCUUGGCCUGCCCUGGGCCUUGGUCUUCUUCUCCUUUGCUUCUGGAACCUUCCAGCUUGUCAUCCUCUACCUCUUCAGCAUCAUCACUUCUUUCCAAGGCUUUCUCAUCUUCCUGUGGUACUGGUCCAUGAGGCUGCAGGCCCGGGGUGGCCCCUCCCCUCUGAAGAACAGCUCUGACAGCGCCAAGCUCCCCAUCAGCUCUGGCAGCACCUCCUCCAGCCGCAUCUAGGAAGGAUACAUGCGUGGCAUCUGCUCACACUGGCUGUGGCCCAGCAUUCUGCCCAGCCCUUGUUGGCUAGU